UCUUUCCUUCAACUCUGCAUAGCUCACCAGCUUACACCUCAAAAAUUUGCAGACAGGGUUUGAAUUUUGAUUGAUCAAAAACUAUGAGAGGGGUAGCUUUUUUGUUGUCGGUGCUGUUGUUUGCCACUUGCCACUCAGCCUUCUCCCUCAUCGAUGGUUACUUAGAAAAUGGCAAUUUUGAGCUACCCCCUAAGCCAUCAGACCUCAAGGGUUCCGAAGUGAUUGGCCGCUAUGCCAUACCAAAGUGGGAGAUUUCUGGGUUUGUGGAGUACAUUAAGUCAGGCCAAAAGCAAGGGGACAUGUUGCUGGUUGUCCCUGAGGGGGCCUAUGCAGUUAGGCUCGGAAAUGAGGCAUUGAUUAAGCAGAGCAUUAAAGUGAUUAAGGGAUUGUACUACUCAAUCACUUUUAGUGCAGCCAGAACUUGUGCUCAAGAGGAACGAUUGAACAUUUCCGUGGCACCGGACUCUGGAGUGCUGCCUAUCCAAACAGUGUAUAGCAGCAAUGGUUGGGAUUCAUAUGCUUGGGCGUUUCAGGCGGAUUAUGAGACAAUUGAACUUGUUUUGCAUAACCCCGGCGUCGAGGAGGAUCCGGCUUGCGGGCCUCUAAUCGAUUCGGUCGCCUUCCGGACUUUGUACCCUCCUCGAGCAACCAACAAGAACUUGAUCAAAAACGCCGGAUUUGAAGAAGGUCCAUACGUGUUCCCAAACACAUCUUGGGGAGUCCUAAUCCCACCAAACAUAGAAGAUGACCACUCUCCAUUACCAGGUUGGAUGGUGGAGUCCCUCAAAGCAGUGAAGUACAUAGACUCAGACCACUUCUCAGUCCCGGAAGGAAAAAGAGCGGUGGAACUUGUGGCCGGAAAAGAAAGCGCAAUCGCCCAAGUUGUCCGAACCAUCCCUGGAAAAACCUAUGUGCUCUCGUUCUCAGUAGGAGAUGCAAGCAACUCAUGCGAAGGCUCCUUGAUCGUGGAGGCAUUUGCAGGGAAGAACACUGUGAAAGUGCCUUAUGAGUCCAAAGGCAAAGGCGGGUUUAAGCGGGCUGUGCUCAAAUUCGUGGCGGUUUCGACCAGGACACGUGUCAUGUUUCUAAGCACAUAUUACACCAUGAGGAGUGAUGAUUUCUCUUCUCUGUGUGGACCUGUGCUUGAUGAUGUGAAGCUGUUGAGCCUUCGGAAACCCUAGACAAUGAGGGCCAAUUUGGUAAAUUGGGUUGGAGCUAGGGUUUGGAAUUUGAUAAUAUGAAUGUGAGGAAAUGAGGCCAUAUAUUUAUGAUAUACAAUGAAUGAGGUCGCAUAAUUUGGGUUAUAUGAUGAUGGUGAUGAACUUUUGGUUCAUUUUUUAAAAGAAGAUUAGCAGCGGGAUUAGGGUGUACAAUUAUAGUUUGAUUUUUAUGAAUGGUUUAUGUACUUUCAUGAGCAAAAUAAAUGAGAAAAUAAUGAUAUUUAGUUAUUUUCAAAACAAA